AUGUCAUCGUCAUCGUCAAUUUUACAAUAUUUGAGUUCAAACUCAAAUUCACAGAACGUUUCGCAAACGAAUAACAGUGCAAAACGAAACGCAUAUGAUAACGGCAGGCUAGAACAUUCUUCAGAUCGCACUGAUGAUAGUCCUUGUGACAAUGAACGAAUUAUUACUGUGAAUCGACAAGUUAUUGUAUUUGAUGAUAAUUGGAUAAAAACACAGCCAACAAAUGAAAGUAAAGUUAUACAAUCAGCUAGUCAAGGUGAAGCAAUAUUAUUGGAAGCAGAACAAGAUGAAACAGAAUUUUUAAAUUCAAAUCAACAUCAAGUUCUUUCACCGGGCAAAACUAAAUCUCUCAAUACAGUUACAGACAUCAUGAAUAUGAUUUCACCUGAUGAACUAGAUGAAAAUACUGAACAAACUCGUUCUAAGCCAACAACUGAUAAGAAAAUUUCACCAUCGAAAACUCGAACUCAAACUAAUAUAAUUCAGUCACCAAUAAAAACAUCAACUCUUCCUAUGAAUAAAACAGCAAAUGGAGAAAAUCGGAAAUCUACUUCAAAAGUUUCUCGUACGUCGAAAUCAAUAUCACAAUCGAGAUCACGUAGUCCAAAUCGAACAACAAAUAAACGACAAGCUCCAUCAAUGACUAGCACCGGUGCUUUUCAUUUCGUAACUCCAGGUGAGCAUCAGCAAGAAAAGAGCUCAAAAAAAGUGCCAAGAUCGAAGAGUCACCGUUCACCGAUAAAAGAUGAUUGCAAACGAAUAACGAGUAGUGAUGAUGAAGAAUCCGAAACAGAUCAUUUAAAUUCAAAUGCUCUGAAAUUAAAAUUAAAAGAAGAAAAACGAAUUGGAAAAAAGAAAGGAGAAUUAUUAAAUCAACUACAUGAAAAUUAUGAAGAAUUAUUAGAAAAAUAUGCGCAAGCAGAGAAUACAAUUGAUCAAUUACGCUUUCAACCGAAGCCUUUCAGCGAUACCACACCGCGAUCUACUACUUCCGAACAUCACGUACACAUCAUUCAACAGCCAACAGUUAAUAUGACCAAUUUACGGGCGAGUGGAGUAUACCAUUCAAUAGAUUAUUCACCAUUUUCAACAAUAAGGCCACUAGCAUCAUCAACAACAACACCAGUUAGAAAAAGUAUAUCACCUGCGUAUUCAGAAGAAGUAAUAACACCAGAAACAUAUACAGUUAGUUUACUCGUUCAAACAAGAACCUUAGGAAAUAAGAUGAAAUCAUUUUUGACAUUAAUGACGACGGAUCAAUUAAGUUUAGCUGAACAAAAACAAGUCUAUGAAAAUAUUAAACAAGAUUAUGAAAAAUUAGUAAGAACAUUGGAUAAGAAAAAAGGUGGUGAUAAUUAUCGAAAUAUUGAUCUCGAUGGAGAUAUAAAUACAGAAUUAGACUCCAUGAAAUACUUAUUAAAAGAAAUCGUUGAAAGAAUCACAAAUAAUCUACUUGGUAAAUCAGGCGAAAAUUCACCGACGGAACAACGUACACGCUUGACACUUGAUGGUAGCCAUUCCAGUCCAUUAUCUGCUCGAUCGUCCUUGUGCAAUCACAAUGAUCUUAUGGAUCAAUAUAAAAAACUAUUAAAUGCUGUUAAUUCAGAAAGUACAGAUAGAAUUGAUCAAAGGGCUGUGAGAAUCAACGAAUUAGAAAAUGAUCCGCAACAGAUGAAAACAAAUAUUAGUAUGCAUGAUUCAUCUCGAUCAAGUUUAUAUGAUCAUCAAACACCAACGAAGAGCAAACAAAAACCCUAUGUUUACGUAUCCGGGGGUUCCGAUGAAGAACAACAGCUAAGUCACAGUAUAACACCCAUACCAAUGGUGAAAAAUAUCGAAUCGACUUCAUAUGAGCCGGAUUAUAUAGCCCCAUCGUCUGUUAAACGUCAUGAAUAUAGAAUCGAAGAAGAAACUUAUAGAAAUGGUCAAUCUCCAUCAGCCAAGAAAAGAACUCCAAUCAAUCGGCAAGACUAUGAAAACUUCGAAAAAACUACAAGACCAAAACGAAAAACAAGACCUGAGCAAAAAGCAAAAAUCAUGAACGAUCGCCAAUAUAACAAACAAUCGAGUCCUGUGAUACUCUCCGAUGCAGCUCGGUAUUUAAAUAGUUCAAUGAAAACACGCGUUAAUGAUUAUGAUAGCGGGAUAGGAACAACAAAUCUUACUAAAUUAAGUCAUGAUAGUAAAUUAUAUACAAGUACAAUGGAUGAAAGUCAUUUUCACUCGUUUGAUGAAGAACAAGAAUCAAUUUCAUCGUCAAACUCAAGUAACUCAGAUUUCGCAGACUCCAGAAGCCCUUAUAGAUUCGACAAUUCAUUAUCAAAUAGACGAAAAACCCAAGGUCGUUAUGAUCCUCAUUCAUCCAGUAUGAAAACACGUGUAGUCGGCGCAGUCGAUCCACUUCCACCAACACCUUCAAUUAGUAAACGUGCUCAUCGUAGUGAUCAUACUUGGAAACCAGCACGAAUGCCAUUACAUCAUCGAGCACGUUUAAUACCUGUACAUCGAAGUACAUCCAGCGGACGGCAUGAAAUUGAAAGUAGUAAAAUGAAAUAUUCUCAUUCGUUCGCUUCACCAAAACGAAGCACACAACAUAGUUCAUACUAUCAACAAACGUUACCAUCGUCAAGUCCUCAGAAAAUCUAUCGAAGUUCACUCUAUAUAAGUCGACCAAAUACUUAUGGACUAGUACAAGAAAAUGUUAGUCAAAAUAAAUUCAACGGUCUUUAUGUUGAUUCACAAACAGGCAUUGUCUAUCGACACGAAUCUAAGAAAACAGCAAGUCCAACUAGAGUCUAUUGUGAAUUACCUUCUCAAGAGAAAUUACAUCAUUGUACUGAAUGUGGAACUAUGACAAACUAUCACCACCGCCAUCAUUUCAAUUCAACAGUAAGACAAGUGCCGAGUCAUGUAGAUGAUCUUGGUUACGAUAGUGGAUAUGGAGAGAGAAAUAAAUGGGAUCGAUAUAAUGACAAUGUUGCAUCUUCCGAUACUGAUUCCGAUCUAACUCAAAAUAAUCCUGAAGCAUCUCAAUUAGAUGAAGUUUAUAAUCGAGCAGAAAAAGUGUUAUAUAAUGCACAAAACUUAUCAAGACAUAUCAAUCGACAACUCAAACUCACUUUAGCUACUAUUUAA